CCGUUCUCGGCCGCGCUCGGGUCCACAGCUCUAUGGGGAAAGCGGCCGCUCCGAGCCGAGGCGGCGGCUGCGCUGGCCGCUCCCGUGGGCUCUCGUCGCUGUUCACGGUUGUCCCCUGCCUGUCCUGCCACACGGCGGCGCCGGGCAUGAACUCGUCUACAUCCGGCUCAGGGCCGGAGCCCAAGCCUCAGCUCCCGCCUGUGCAGGCACCAGAGCGGGAGUUGCUAGCUGAACAGGUGUGCAAGCCAGUUUUUGAGCCAGUGCCGACAUCCGAACCUGGGUCCCAGACGACAUCUGUGCCAGGGCCCUCAGGGCCUGGGCAGGAAUCGGAGCUACAGGGGUCAGAGGCGGGCCCAAGAGUAGGGGCUGGGCCCGUCACCAAAACCACAUUGGAGCAGCCGUCUCAGGGGUCAACAGCAGGCAUCGUGCCCCUGGCCAAACCUGAGUCCAGGUCGGGGUCAAAGCCUCAGGUCCUCCAGCGACAAGGACAAGCGAAGACAUCUGUCGGGAGUCCAGUUCCAGGGACUGGUCUCCCAAUGGUCUCGCCACCUCUGGACAGCUACAAGGGCUGGCUCCUCAAGUGGACUAACUACCUAAAGGGCUAUCAGCGCCGCUGGUUCGUGCUGGGCAAUGGCCUGCUGUCCUACUACAGAAACCAGGGUGAAAUGGCCCACACCUGCCGUGGAACCAUCAACCUGGCCUCCGCACACAUCGACACAGAGGACUCUUGUGGAAUCUUGCUGUGCAAUGGGGCAAGGACCUACCACCUCAAGGCCGGUUCAGAGGUGGACCGGCAGCAGUGGAUCACCGUUCUGGAGCUGGCCAAGGCCAAGGCCAUCCGUGUGAUGAAAACUCAGUCAGAUGAUUCUGAGGACGACGACGGAGAGCCUGCUGCCCCAGCUGACAAGAGUGAGCUCCAUCACACCCUUAAGAGCCUCUCAUUGAAGUUAGAUGACCUCAGCACAUGCAAUGACCUCAUUGCCAAGCACGGCGCUGCACUCCAGCGCUCCCUGAAUGAGCUGGACAGCCUCAAGAUCCCAUCCGAGAGCGGGGAGAAGCUGAAGGUUGUGAACGAGCGGGCCACCCUCUUCCGCAUCACGUCAAAUGCUAUGAUCAAUGCCUGCAAAGACUUCCUGGAACUAGCAGAGACUCACAGCCGGAAAUGGCAGCGGGCUCUGAACUAUGAGCAGGAGCAGCGCGUCCACCUGGAAGAAACCAUUGAGCAGCUGGCCAAGCAGCACAACAGCCUUGAGAGGGCCUUCUGCAACACCCCCGGCAAGAGCCUCAGCGAGGGAAGCUUCUUGACUUCCAAAGGCGAGAACAGUGAAGAAGAUGAAGAUACCGAGUACUUUGACGCCAUGGAAGACUCUGCAUCUUUCAUCACCGUAAUUACCGAGGCCAAGGAAGACAGAAAAGCCGAGGGUGGAUCUGUGGAUCCAAACGCUGUGGACUGGACCUCAGCAGAUAAUGUACGUGAGAUGUUAGACAGUGCCUCACUUGUGCCCAAGGAUCCAUGCAGAGUCAAGAGGCGAGCCCGCAUCCCUGACAAGCCCAACUACAGCCUUAACCUCUGGAGCAUCAUGAAGAACUGCAUUGGCAGGGAGCUCUCCCGCAUCCCCAUGCCGGUGAACUUCAAUGAGCCCUUGUCCAUGCUCCAGCGACUUACAGAAGACCUAGAGUACCACCACCUGCUGGACAAGGCAGUAAACUGUACCAGCUCGGUAGAGCAGAUGUGCCUGGUAGCUGCCUUUUCCGUAUCCUCCUACUCCACCACCGUGCACCGCAUCGCCAAGCCCUUCAACCCUAUGCUAGGGGAGACCUUCGAGCUGGACCGUCUGGAGGACAUGGGCCUGCGCUCUCUCUGUGAGCAAGUGAGUCACCACCCCCCAUCUGCUGCCCACCACGUGUUCUCUAAGCAUGGCUGGAGCCUCUGGCAGGAAAUCACCAUCGCCAGCAAGUUCCGGGGGAAAUACAUCUCCAUCAUGCCACUUGGUGCCAUCCACCUAGAAUUCCAGGCCAGUGGCAAUCACUACGUGUGGAGGAAGAGUACCUCGACUGUGCACAACAUCAUCGUGGGCAAGCUCUGGAUUGACCAGUCAGGGGACAUUGAGAUUGUGAACCACAAGACCAAGGACCGGUGCCAGCUAAAGUUCGUGCCCUACAGCUACUUCUCCAAAGAGGCAGCCCGAAAGGUGACUGGAGUGGUGAGUGACAGCCAGGGCAAGGCCCACUAUGUGCUGUCAGGCUCAUGGGACGAGCAGAUGGAGUGCUCCAAAAUCGUGCACAGCAGCCCCAGCUCUGACGGGAAACAGAAAACCGUGUACCAGACGCUGCCCGCCAAGCUGCUGUGGAGGAAAUACCCACUGCCGGAGAACGCGGAAAACAUGUACUAUUUCUCGGAGCUGGCCCUGACCCUCAACGAGCAGGAGGACGGCGUAGCGCCCACCGACAGCCGCCUGCGGCCGGACCAGCGACUGAUGGAGAAGGGACGCUGGGACGAGGCCAACACGGAGAAGCAGCGGCUGGAGGAGAAGCAGCGCCUGUCCCGCCGACGGCGGCUGGAGACGUGCGCGGCGGGCUGCGGCGGAGAGGAUGAAAAGGAGUCAGAAAGCUAUGCGCCCCUGUGGUUCGAGAAGAGGCUGGACCCGCUGACCGGGGAGAUGGCCUGCAUGUACAAGGGCGGCUACUGGGAGGCCAAGGAGAAGAAGGACUGGCACAUGUGCCCCAACAUCUUCUGAGCCUCUCCUGCGGCAAAUAUAGGCGCCUGCACAGCCCCUCGGCCUAUCUUUUUAAUGCACCCAAUUUAAUACUGGACACGCACGCAGGCACACACACACACACGCACGCACGCGCGCAUGCACGUACACACACACACACACACACACACACACACACACUUUUCCUAAAAGGGGCUCCCACCUUAGAAGGGGUAAGGGCUGACCUGGGUUUUCUCCAGCCCCCAGGUCGCCAGCCUGUUAUCGUUGACUUGGGCCCCAUGGGCACCCUUGUUCCCAGUUACCCCAACUCAGGCGGACUGGCUGGGCUAUGGGCUGCUCAGGUCACUAACCCCAACCCAGGGAGGAGCUACCCCCUCCUAGGGAGGCUCUUUUGCCUUUUUAAAGAAAAAUCUCCAUUUCUUUGUGAGGGUAGGGACUUAACUAUUUGUAAGCACACCGCUUAGAAGACUUGCUUUCCAAGUGUGUGUUCUUGACACCAACUGUCCUGACCGGAAAUGCUCUUUGGAAGACUUAAGGAAGCCAGGCCCCUUUGAGUGGGGCACCUCUAACACACAAGGCCUGCCUAAGCUCCAGGAGCCCAACAGACGCAGAGGCAGCAGGAAGCCCGUCUGGCCCGCAUGGCCGCCAGGAAGGCGUGCAGGGUCCCUGACGGACAGGACAGCCCAUGGUGAGAGUAGGGAGGCAGUUGAAGGCAGCCCCCAUGUGGGCUGAGCUGCAGCCCCUGCCAGGCCUGGGCCAUGCUGCAUGCUGGGACAGUGCCCCAGCCCCCAGAAGGCAGGAGGGCAGAAAGGCAGGGUCAUAGGUGCUUCCUGCCCAAGAAACCAGGCCCCCAAAUCAGCAAUAAGGAACCAACCCCUCACUCAGCCUCCCGGCCUCCCGCCUCUAGGCGGCAUCAGGGUCCUGUCUCAGCACUCCUGACAUCCUUAUUUGCCUACUUUAUAUAUAUUAUAUAUAAAUAUAUAUAAAAUAGCUAUUUUGCUUAAAUUUCUAUGGUAUGUGAAAGUGAAAGAUAAUGAAGACAGGGCGUGCCUGUCUGAGUUUGGCCUCCUCCCCGCUGUGCCCUGGCCCUGUUCCUGUACCCUUCUAGUGACCUCUGCCAACCCUAGAAAUGAACACGUCCCUCAGACCCUCUGACUCCAGCCCGUCCCACUUCAGUUUGGCCUGAAAAGUUCACUGCAGGGCCUUUCUUUCUACUCCAGGGCUGGUUUUUUAUUAAAAAAAAAAAUGAAAACACCAAGUGUGAAAUGCCUUACAAUGCCCACUCCAGAAAUGGGGGAUGAGGAGGAGAGGUGGAGGGGGAGGCACCAGUCUCCCUCAGAGCUGGGAUGCACCUCUUCCCAGGGGCUGAGCAAGCACCUUCUGAGCAUAAUAAAACCUUGGUUCUGGAGUUUCCCACA